CAUGGAUCUAUGCAGUUUCCACCAUAUGAGGCAUUAUUCUUCCAUGUCAGGAAGGCGGGUGAUUCGACGUUGCACACGGCCUUUUACCAAAAAUAAAACAAGAAGAGGAAGAAGAAGGAGCGCCAUACUAACGUUAUCACUGUUUUUAUAAUGUCAUCACUUGCAGGAUUUCUGAUUUCAACCAUGAUAUUGCACGGUCAUUCCGCCGAUGUUGAACCAUUGCUGCAAUGAGUCUUUCCUUGACUUCCUCAGAUCCCAUCAGAGAGAAUCUUCCCGAUGGCGGAUAUGGCUGGAUUUGUGUCAUUGCUGUCUUUCUCAUCAACGCGCACACUUGGGGUUUCAAUAGCUGCUAUACAGUCUUUCUGUCCUACUAUCUGUCCGAGGAUCUGUACCCCAACGCCAGCCCACUUCUCUAUGCCUUGGUCGGCGGGCUGAGUAUCUCCUGCGGCCUUCUGGUUGCACCCUUGACAACCCUCCUGAGCAACGUCAGUGGAACCCGCCUGGUGCUCAACCUCGGCGUGUUCUUCCAGGCCAUUACCUUCAUCGGGGUGUCCUUUGCCACCCAGAGUUGGCACCUGAUCUUGAGCCAAGGUAUCUGCUUUGGUAUCGGCAUGGGCUUUCUGUUUAUCGGUUCCGUUGGAAUCAUUCCCCAAUGGUUUGACCGCAGGAGAGGCUUGGCCAUGGGCAUCACCGCCUCUGGCUCUGGUAUUGGGGGGCUCAUCUAUUCCCUCGCGGUGGGUGCCAUGAUCCCGCGUCUCGGCCUCCCGUGGACCUUUCGCCUGCUGGACAUCGUCUCCUUUGUCGUCAACGCCAUCGCUGGCAAUCUCAUCCGAGACCAUAACCAAGCCAUCACCGGAGCUUCCACAGGAGCCUCUCGUCCCACAAUAGUCAUCUUCCACCGCCCCUUAUUUCAUCAAUCCCCGUACCUUCUCUUCAUUGCAUGGGGCAUCUUCAGCAUGCUGGGCUACGUGACCCUCCUCUUCAGCAUCUCAGACUACGCUCUCUCGAUCGGACUGACCUCCCACCAAGCGAGCAUUGUCAGCGCCUUGCUCAACUUGGGUCAAGGGCUAGGGCGCACGUUCAUUGGGUUCUCAAGUGACCGAUUCGGCCGUCUCAAUAUCGCCGCCCUUUUCACGCUUUUCUGCGGUGUGUGCUGUCUGGUCAUCUGGGUCUUCGCGACGAGCAUGGGUGUGCUUUGCUUCUUCGUACUUCUGGCCGGGUCCAUUGCGGGCACGUACUUUGCCACCGUGUCGCCGGUGCUGGCUGAGAUUGUCGGGCUUCCGGACCUCCUGUCAGGGUUGAGUGCCAACUGGCUCUUUCUGGUGGCGCCCACGCUGGUGGCGGAGCCGAUUGCGCUCGUCAUGCGGAAUGAGCGCUCCGCAGAUUUGGAGUAUCUCCCCGUGGAGAUCUUCGCGGGGUGCAUGUAUAUCGGAGGAGCGAUGUGUUUGUGGGUGGUUCGAGCGUCGAAGGUUUGUCAGUUAAGCCAGGGUGAGGGUGAGGGUGAGAAGGCUCGGGGCUGGCUCGAUCACCUGAAACAGGGUGCACGAGGGUUUGUUCAAGGGGCAGUUGCCAUUAGAAAGGUGUAAGGGAAUUAUUAGUGGAUUAAUCAAAUCAAC